AUGCAAGGGACAAACAAGUCUUUGGAAAAGAAUUCAAAAGCACUCUUCAGAAAAGGUGAGACAGAGGAGAUAGAAAUGAGAGAAGCAUUGAUUAAAGGCCUAAUUCCAAAGAAAACACAAAACAGAUUAAUGCAGCUUCUAAUACAAAGGCAAGACAACAAUUUGCAAGCCGCAUACGCAUGGACCGCUCAACUUACUGAAACAGGUGAUAUCAAGCUUGAUGAACAUACUGGACGUCCACAACUUCUUGGCCCUGAACAAAGAAAGCACCUUGACAAAAUCGUAAAGAAGACAGAACUGCGACAAGACCUUGCUUACCAAGUUACUGUUCCCCGUGCUGUUCUUUUUCUCAAAAAAGAGGCCAUGAUCCGUCGGGUCCGCUGGGUGUGUAAGUAUCAAAGAAGAAGGUGGAAUACUACCACUGAUAAAGCAACCUUUCAACUGUUCCGAAAUAUGAUCAAGGUUUGGUACAAGUCUGGUUAA